AUGACUAUUUUGAUUCAAUCUUUUGUGUUAAUUCAGGUGCAAAGCUUCAAAGCUUCCACUUUUCGUGGCAAUCUAUAUUAUGAUGUGUUUAUGAAAGAUCACCUUAACGUCGCUCCAGAGGUUUACCAAGGGAGUGGUAUCAUAUACUGUCGCACCCGAGACGAAUGCGACCAAGUGGCACAAAUGUUGAGCAUUGCACAUAUUCGGUGCCUCUCCUAUCAUGCUGGAUUAUCAAAUAAGAUGCGUGAUGAGGUGCAGAACAAAUGGAUGAAGAAUGAGAUUCCGGUGAUUGCAGCAACUAUAGCUUUCGGUAUGGGUAUCGACAAGCCAGAUGUGAGGUUCGUCGUGCACUGGACAUGCCCACAGAAUCUUGCCGCUUACUACCAAGAGAGUGGAAGAGCUGGUCGUGACGGUCAAAGAAGCUACUGCAGGAUAUACUACAGUCAAUCCGAUAAGGAUUUCUUGCAUUUUCUUGUGAAAAGGGAUUUAGCGAUGUUGAAGGUAGUAGCAGUA